AUGGAGAAGCCGAAACUAAAAUGCCACAUCUGGAAGAAAGAACGUGGAUCGCCGUCGCUGCGGCCAGUGAGGCCACCUAAUCCACCGCCAUAUCCAAUCAAACCCAAAACAAAAAAGAGGGUUGGGCGGAAGAAGGCCGAGCGAGGGCCGCUGCCGUCAAACAAACAUGCGGACAUAGAAGCUCCGUCUAUGGUUAUCGUGGAGAGGACUUUGAAGCCAUUCAAGGACGAGAUCAAGAAGUGGUCCGUCAAGAUCACUCAACGUCCUAGGUCGGGCUAUCAUGACGACUCCGGGAGAAUGAUCAUCGAUGGUUGCAGCGGCGGACGAUACGCUGGAGACGUCAUGGGUGGUACGCCUAACGGCGUCGGGCAACAUUGGGUGACUCUUUCCACGGGCAAAGAGCAAUGUCUCUAUGACGGCGACUGGAAAUCUGGCUGUAAGACCGGCAAUGGCACCUUCUAUUACACCAAUGGCCAGGAGUAUCGUGGUGGAGUUCUGAACGGUGAGCAUCACGGCUUUGGUGCCAUGCGCUUCUCGAAUGGUGAUAUUUACUGUGGGGAUUGGUGGAAGAGCCGGAGACACGGGCUCGGCAAAUUUUUUUACUGCGAUGGCACAAUCUACUUUGGAAGAUUUGUGAAAGAUAACCGCGAUGGAUGGGGGACAAACUACUGGCCUGACAGGCGAAGGAAAUAUGAGGGUGAGUGGAACGGGGACGACCCCAUUUGUGGUCGCUGGACCACCAUGACUGUAAUGGACUUCGACAGCCUCGCGAACAGCGAUCUUGGUUGGCCUCUUGCUAUUAAGGAGAUGAUCAAGGAUGGUUUUCCCCAAGAAAAAGUUCAGGUACCAUUCCAAGGGCUGCGUUAUCCAGAAUCCGUCUACUUUGGAAAAACUUCCUCAAUGCGCAACAAGCGUUUGGAGGACAUGCAUGAGGAGAGAGUAAUUGAAGAGAGUGGCACAAAGCAGGUGGGGUCCUUGAGAGCAGAGCAAAUGGAAGCCCUGUGGCAUGCAUUUGAUGAGCUUAACCCUGGAUAUUACAGACGCACCAAGCUGCACUUCAUCCACCUCCGCCGCCUCCUCCUGCUUGCCCGUCUGAAUCCUGACAAUGAAAUAGGCAAGGAGCUGUAUGCAAAACUGCUGCAGAGUGCCAAAGAAACCAAUGGAUUAAGCUUCAACAAUCUUAUGCAUCUGAUGCAGUCCUUUCACCACCCUGUUGUAGCAGAUCAGGGCAAUAACAAAGCCUUGUCAUGCUGACAAAAGCAGGUAUUAACAGGAACACGAAAACACUUGGAAGUGUUUGUUUUUCCUUCUUUUUGCUUUUUUAUUAUAUUUCUACAAAUGGUGUGAAGCAGAAAGAGAUUAUGAAUGACCAUGACAAUUUUGUAAUGCAUUUUCAUUGAAGAGCCAGACAUUAUGAAGGUAAGAACAUGAAGAGGAUUGUUUUGAAGGAUAGUAAGUUUUUUUCUUUUGAAAAUGAUGGAGAAGUUCAAAUCAUAAAAUAAUUGUUUACAAUAGCAGGGUAGCAUCCUUCAUAAAUUUAAUUUUACAUGAACAAAAGGAUUAGUUCUGUGCCAUAUUUUAUUUUUGGUUAUUCCAAGAUAAGAUAUGACAAGGAUAAUGUAAAGAUUUUAUUAAUCAAAAUUAUGUGACAUACAAAAUA